CUUGAGAGUUGCAUUGCAGCACAUACUUGCAUAGGCGAAUUUUGCACUGCAAAGUAACCUAACCAUCACAGUUCAAACGAGGCAGUUGGUGUAGACCGUCGCUUUUAGGGUUGUCUUGCGUUGCUCUCUCACUUGAAACUGUUCCGUGAUGGAGAGCAACGAGAUUCUAGAGGAGCUUCUCAACAUUGAGGUCGAGAUUCAAGAUGUUCAAGAACAAAUAAGGGCGUUAAUUGAGAGACAAGAGAAUCUGUACGAGAGAAAAUCGGAGCUGAGUGCUAUUUUAGAGGCGUGUAAGGAAUCUGGAAACGAGGCCAGUAAUGUGGCUUCAAGCGCCGUGGAAGAUUGGAGUGGGACAUUUGAAUGGGAUUCUGAAGCAGAUGAUGUUAGGUUGAAUGUUUUUGGCAUUUCAUCUUACCGUGCAAAUCAAAGAGAGAUAAUUAACGCCAUUAUGAGUGGAAGAGACGUUCUGGUUAUUAUGGCUGCAGGUGGUGGCAAGAGUCUCUGCUACCAGCUUCCUGCUGUUCUUCGUGAAGGAAUUGCUUUAGUUGUCAGUCCUUUGCUUUCCUUAAUUCAAGAUCAGGUAAUGGGUUUGACUGCACUGGGCAUUCCUGCGUAUAUGUUGACUUCAACAAAUAAGGGAGAUGAGAAGUUCAUAUACAAGGCUUUGGAGAAGGGAGAGGGGGACCUCAAAGUAUUGUACGUCACCCCAGAAAAGAUAUCAAAAAGCAAGAGGUUUAUGUCAAAACUUGAAAAAUGUCAUCAUGCCGGUCGUCUCUCUCUAAUUUCAAUUGAUGAAGCACAUUGCUGUAGUCAGUGGGGCCACGACUUUCGACCUGACUACAAGAGCCUCGGUAUUCUCAAGACACAGUUUCCUAAUGUUCCUAUGGUGGCUUUGACUGCAACUGCUACUCAGAGGGUCCAAAACGAUCUGACAGAGAUGUUGCAUAUUCCUAGAUGUGUCAAAUUUGUCAGCACAGUCAAUAGGCCAAAUUUGUUUUAUAUGGUAAAGGAAAAGUCAUCAGUUGGGAAGGUAGUCAUUGAUGAAAUUGCACAGUUCAUUCAAGAAUCUUAUCCAAAUAAUGAAUCAGGGAUUGUUUAUUGCUUCUCUAGGAAGGAAUGUGAACAGGUUGCGAAGGAGUUGAGGGAGAGAAGAAUUUCAGCUGAUUAUUAUCAUGCAGAUAUGGAUGUAAAUGCUCGGGAAAAAGUUCACAUGCGGUGGAGCAAUAAUAAGCUGCAGGUCAUAGUUGGCACAGUAGCUUUUGGUAUGGGAAUCAAUAAACCAGAUGUCAGGUUUGUCAUCCAUCAUAGCUUGAGUAAAUCAAUGGAAACAUACUACCAGGAAAGUGGACGAGCUGGCCGAGAUGGACUUCCUUCGGAAUGCCUACUGUUCUUUAGGCCUGGUGAUGUUCCACGGCAGAGUUCAAUGGUCUUCUAUGAAAAUACGGGGCUGCAGAAUCUCUAUGACAUAGUACGAUAUUGUCAGUCCAAAAGACAAUGUCGACGAAGUGCCUUUUUCCGGCAUUUUGCUGAGCCACUUCAAGAGUGCAAUGGGCUGUGUGACAUCUGUGCAUUAUCAAGAGAGGUGAAAGAAGUGGAUGUCUCUGAUCUUGCAAAACUGAUGGUUUCAUUCAUGCAAAAUAUGCAAGCAAAUGAUCAGAGGUCAACAAUGUUGCAAUUAGUUGAUAAAAUGAAAAUAAAACAGAAGGAACUAGGUUCUGAAUUGAAGCGAGAGGAAAUUGAGCAGCUCAUCUUACACCUUUUAUUGGGGCGGUUUUUGAAAGAAGAAUUUCAGCAUACAGCUUAUGCCACAAAUGCCUACAUUGCCGUGGGGCCAUUGGCCAAGCAAAUACUACAAGGGAAGAAAACUGUGACACUUGAGAUUUACACUGAACAGAAUGCUGGUGUAAGAUCAGUGAAGCGUCGCUGCCUUGGGUCCUCUGGUUUGGAGCUAAAGCUUGAUGAGCUGAGAAAAGAGCUGUCCUAUGCUGGAGGAAUACUCCCACAUUCAGUCUUAUCCAUGGAACAAAUCCGCUUAUUAAGUUCUCAAAAACCAAAUUCACUGGAACAGUUGGAGAAGGUAAUUGGAAAAUUGAAGACAGAAAAGUACGGAAGUAGAAUACUUAAGCAAAUUAAAAAGUAUUCGGAUUCCGAGCCGGCUGAUAAACAAGAAACUGAUGGUAGAGCAGCAAAGAGGUCAAAAACCAAGAAAAAUCUUGUUCUCAUUGACAGUAAUGAAGAUGAGGAUUGAUAACUGGUGCUGCUGUCCCCUUGACAAUUUUUGUUUUAGUUAUUAAAUUAUGACACAGUUGAGGAGAAAGAAGUUAUUCAAUUACAAACUGAGUUUCUAGGGCAUCAAAAUGAAAAAAUGGAAUCUUUAUGACAAGUGCCAAAGGGUCUUGAUUGUUUCUAUCAUUAAAAACAGUUGAUAAAAUCGAAAUUAGAGUAGAAACCGUAUCCUGUAGAUCAACAUUUAAACAGAAAAUUUGGUACUCUGUAAUUUAAUUAAUCAUAACCCUGAUUUUAUUUCUCUA